AUGCGGGUGCGUAUGAUAGGUAUUGUGGUCGUAUGGUCACUUAUAAUCGGUCCGUGGAAUCCAUCUCAUUUUGUAAAUACUAUAGAACGAGAGGCCAGAGUCAGAAAAGAGUGCGAGCGAGAAAGAAAACGUGUUAUGUAUUAUUAUUCGAACGUCGAAUCGGGAGAAACCUGCGUGCGGGCCUCACAGGCGGCCGCCUCGCCCCGCGCCCCGCGCCCCGCCGAUCAUAUGUUCGACGGGCGACCGGCGCGGUCGCCGCUCACUGUGACUCAGGCUCUCGCCGUCGCAACAUUGUUCUGCUCCGUCCCGGUGUGCCGAUCAGCUGUCCAUAAGUCGCUACUCGCUACACACACAGUGGGCAGUGGCCGCAAGCAGCGAACAGCGAGCCAGCCAGAUAAGCCGCGGUGCGGUGUGAUGGAGCUGCUGUGUGCGGAGCGUGUGAGCCCGGGCGGUCGGGAGCCCGCCGCGUUGCCAGCCGCGCCCGCCGCCGCCUGCGACCCGGUGCUGCUGCGCCGCCGGGUGCUCGACAACCUGCUGCGCACCGAGGAGCGCUACGCCAUCACCGCCAACUACUUCGGCACCGUGCAGACGGAGAUCACGCCGCACAUGCGUCGGGUCGUCGCGGAGUGGAUGCUAGAGGUGUGUGAAGACCAGAGUUGUCAAGAAGAAGUGUUCCCUUUGGCUGUAUCGUACUUGGACAGAUUUUUGAGUACGUGUACAGUUGGCAAAAGCCAGCUGCAAUUGCUUGGGACCGCCUGUCUACUUCUUGCCUCUAAGCUACGGGAACCAAGCUCUCGCGGUUUGCCGGCUGAGUUACUCGUCUUCUACACAGCUAACAGCAUCACACUGACUGAUCUUUGCAGUUGGGAACUGCUGGUGCUAUCUAAAUUGAAGUGGGACGUAGCGGGCGUGACGGCGCACGACUUCUUGCCGCUGCUGCUGUCACGGCUGACGCUGCGAGGGCAAGUCAACAAGGAAAUGGUGCACAGACACGCGCAGACUUUCAUUUCUCUUGCGGCUAGAGAUUACGAAUUUACGUUGUAUCCAGCAAGUACUCUGGCUUCCUGUAGCAUCGCUGCAGCACUUCGCGGCCUAGGGCUAGACGGACACCUGCCACGCUUGCAUGAGCUCACUGGCAUCGACUCCGACUGCCUACAAACAUGCUUAGAACAAAUAGAAGAAAUGGUACAGACUGUGAUCGAGGAAAGCCAAGUUUCUGCCCCAAACGGGCCAGGUCGGGAGGCGGGCGGGUGGACGCCGCCUCCGACCCAGGACAAGGGGCACAGUAAUGCCGCCACUCCCACUGACGUCAGAGACGUGCACUUU